CGCAAUAUUAGUAACUCAACAUUACUGAUUGUCCAGAGGAGUGACUUCCCUUUGUAAUAAAUUCUACAUGCAUUUCUCGAUGACUCGUUGUUAUAUGGCAAGUCGGGGUCAUAAUACAAACAAAGGAUAGGUCCCUGGAUUGUAAGAACAUUGUUAGUGAACAAGAAGAAGCUAUUGAAUGUGAUUUAUGUCACAAGUGGCAGCAUCGAACAUGUGGAAGUGUUCGGGUAAUUCAUAAGAAAAGCUAAAGCCAGCUUGACUAUAAGAAAUGUCACAUCAGGAUAGCCAUAUUCCACCCUGUCCAGAACUGCCCAAGGAUCUUGACCAGACAGCACCUUGGGAUACUAGUAAUACCCCAAAUCCUGAAAUGUAUGAGAAGUCGGCCCAGAAUUUGCUGUCACAUUUAAAAUCAUUUGACAAAAAGGCUCUGAAAAAGACAGAGACAUGCAUCAAGACAGAGGAUGGUAAGAUUUUGCAGGAGACCCAUGACAGCUGUGGUAACUAUGCCACGAAAGUAACCAAUAAAGACCAGUAUGGGUUUGUGCCGGAUAUGUGUCUGGAUUUACAAGUUGGGGAGAUCAGGGACAAUCUCAUAAUGGGAUCACAAGACAUUGCAGCAGACAGGGAGAUCCUAAAGAAGUAUAAUGUGACGCACAUACUGAACCUUGCAAAUCUAGUGAAGAAUUACUUUUCAGAUUCAAUUAAAUACAUGAACAUCAUUAUCAACGACAUGCCAACAGAGGACGUCCUUCAACAUUUCCAAAAAGCAUUUGCAUUUGUAGACAGUGGAAGACAGUGUGGCUCUGUAUUCAUCCACUGCAAUGCCGGCAUAUCACGUGCAUCGACUUUCACUAUCGGCUAUUUGAUGUAUUCAGAGAAGAUGCCACUGAGUGAAGCAUACGCUGAUGUAAAAUCAAAACGGCCUGCUAUACAGCCUAAUGUCGGGUUUAUGAAACAACUUGAAAGUUAUAAUAACAUUCUUGGACUGCUGCCCAGACUGUGUGAAAGGACUACCAAUUAAGAUGUUUAGGUUUUAUGAAACAACUUGAAAGUUAUAAUAAAAUUCUUGGACUGCAUGAAGGGACUACCAAUUAAGAUGUUUUAAGGGGGAAGGACAAUAUCAACUGAAAUCAAUAAAAUUUAAUUAUUAUUAUAAUUACAUAUGUGAUUCUUUUACAAUGAUUACGUAGAUUAUAAUUUAUAAUGCAAAUUCAAUUACCAUAUAUUUUCACAUUUUUUGUGUGAAAUGUCUCGAGUCAUCUGCAGUUGCAGCAAAUUGAAAU